GCCCGUAUUUGCUUCUUAACAAUCAGUGAUUCUAAGAGCCCUCCGGGUGCUCGCUAUUGUAAACAUCAACGGACAAGUCUAUCAAUCGAGAUGUUUGGACACCCGCAUUGGCCCCUCCGCCUUGUUGUGGAGCGGAGCUUACUUUGAUUGUUUCUACCGUGCUCCGCGGAGCUUCUUCGAUCCAUCCUCUCCCCUCCACCACAAUGCAUGGCUUGAGUGCGCUCGAUCAUGCGCAUAUAUAGCAAAAUAGCAGCCUCAAACUUCGGGAAAACAAAUUCUACAAACUCCAAGACAAAGCCCCAAGAAAUUGCCAUCUGAGGCUCGAGAUUUACCGGAACAACACUCGAAAAACACACCGAUAACCCGGUCGGCAUACACACGAACGUCCCGAAACGCCCUCCGAUUGACGAUCCUGACGAACUCCUUGCAACUGAUCCCCUGAGAUCACGCACCAUUUCCCGCUGACCCAACCAUCUGACUGACAAUGCUUUCACUCCCUCUUAUCACACCGCGCGAUUCUCACGAACUCUGGUUCGGCUCCUCUCAACCCUACCGCUCCUCGCAACAACAUCAACCGACGGUAGACGCGCAGCAAGGACACUCGCGUCGCAAUGGCGGUCAUAACUUGUACGGGCGUGCGCAUAUGUCCUCUGCCGGGGCCGGAAACAGCUUGUCAUCAUUAAUGCUGGAGGAGCGCGCCCUUCGUGUCCGAAAAAACAACAUCGCCUUAUUCGGGUACUCGUGGAUCAAACCCGCAGGGUGUGCCAAAACUAUGCUAGGGAUGAAGGAAGAAGAGGCAGAGCGAGAAGAAGCCCUUGCGGCGGCGGCGGCAGAGAUGGCCGCUGCUGCCGCUGCCGUCGACCCGGGCAUGGAGGGCAUGGAAGGGAUGGGUGGGGGCCCGAAUGGCCAGACAGAUGGCGAGGGACAAGACGACACGGGGAUGGAAAGAGACCUCGAUGACGACAUUCCGGAUGCAGACGCGGAAGGUCUCGUGGAGGAAGGGGAGGAAGGCCUUGAAGAGGACGACGAGGUGGACGAGGAUGGGUACAUGGAACGAGACCUCGAUGAUGAUAUCCCCGAAGCAUUUCCGGAGGACGAUGACGACGAAGGACUCGAGGAAGAGAACGAAUACGACUUCAACAAUCAGCCAGAUUUGGACGAUGACAUCCCGAGUGGUGAUUACGAGCAAGGGAGUGAUGAAAUGAGUGAAGACAUGGGUCACGAUCUAGACGACGAUAUUCCUGAAGCAGAUGAAGAUCGCCUCGAGCAAGAAGAGGAAUGGCAACAUACUGAUACAGAUGCCGAAUUCGACGACGAAGAAGAUGAGGUCAGCUUCACGCAGGGACAUUUAAGCCAAAGCCUUCGAGCGAGCACCACUAGCAGUCGUGGACUCCCUCCGGCGCCAGCGCAGCAAGAGACGGAGGCCCAGCGACGGUUCCUCCAACGAUGGAGUGGCGGCGGCGAUGCGUUUAAUUCGAGCAGUAUGGUAGUCGAUGAAGAUGACCUCCGAGCUUCUAUGGCCAGUCAAGCAAGCCGACGAAGUGUCUUCGGCAGAUUCCCUAGAAGACGAACAGGCGGCCCCAGGGAUAGCUUUGACUGAAUACCAUGACCAGUCAAUCCGGAACAUUGAAAUGGCACGUGUAUCAUAUGCUUCAGCUCUACGUCGGGAUCGAGGGACUUCGGCCCCGUUCGCUAUGAGUUUGAGGUAUUCUGCGAUCGAAUGGCAGCAGGCAGUAGGGAGUUUGGCGAAAUCCGGCAGUGAGCUUAAUGCUUUGAGCCCUGAAAGUUCAUCGUUCUCGGGGCUUUAGUCUACUCAAUAUAUUAAUGCUAAUGAUUAUUUAUGAGCC